AUGCUCCAGCUUUGUUUCGGGUUGACGCGUCUUUGUAGUGUGAAGCGCCUGAAGCAAUGGACGCGAGAGACAAAGGUGGCUCUACAAAGAAUGGCCGCGGCUGUUCCCGUGGACGCGUUGUCUUAUGAAAGCAGUUUAUCUAUUGACGGCUCUGGCGCUUUGCUUUUACGUCUUGUGACAUUCGGCAUGGUGAUUUGUUGGUUUUGA